CAAGUUUAGCUCCUCAAGCUAGCUUGCGAGUUAUUUCUUUUUCUCUUAUUUCAUUUGAUCUUCUUUAAUUAAGAGGCAUGUUGUCUUGAAGUUGGUAGGGGUCAUACAUUGUCUUGUGGGAUUAUUCUCCAGGUACUAUUCCGAGAGAAGUGGGGAACAUGACAGCUUUGGCCAGAUUAAGCCUCGCCAAUAAUAGUUUAAGUGGUACUAUUCCAUCCUCCAUCUGUAACUUGACAUCUCUUGAUGCUCUUCUUCUCUCAAAUAACAAUUUGGAAGGAACAAUUCCACAAUGCUUUGGAAAUUUGAGCAAAUCUUUGUUCAUUUUUCAUUUAAAUGUCAAUCAGUUUAGUGGUCUCAUUCCAUCAUCAUUUAGCAAGGGAUGUGGCCUUGUGUCCAUCAAUUUGAAUGGUAAUAAAUUGCAAGGACCAUUACCUAAAUCCUUGAUCAAUUGCCAAAGACUACGAGACCUUGACGUCGGAAAUAAUAGAAUACAAGACGAAUUUCCCUUUUGGAUGGAAGUCCUUCCAGACCUUCGAGUGCUCGUCUUGAGGGCUAACAAGUUUUAUGGUAACAUGUCACUUCCUUCGCAAACCAAGAUUCCAUUUCAUAAUUUGCAAGUUUUAGAUAUAUCUCAGAAUAGAUUUGUGGGCUCUCUGCCUCAAGGAUAUUUCAAGAAUUUCAGAGCAAUGAUAGAGGUAAAUGAAACAAGCUUGUCAACUAACGACACCUUCUUUAAAGAGUAUGUGGAGAUGAGGCUCACCUUGAAAGGUCUGGAUCAAUUAUUACAGAGAUUGUUGUCAGCCUUUACAACAAUCGACUUAUCCUCCAAUAGAUUUUCUGGGAGUAUUCCACAUUCCAUAGGAAAUCUUAAGAUUCUCAAAUACUUGAAUCUGUCCCACAAUAACCUCAUAGGAAAUAUCCCUUCAUCUCUUGGAAAUUUGAGUGAACUUGAAUCUUUAGACUUGUCGGUGAACAAGUUGGAUGGAGAAAUUCCAAGUGAAUUGACAGGGUUGACAUUUCUUGCCAAAUUAAACCUUUCAAUGAAUAAUUUUGUGGGACAAAUACCACAGUCUAAGCAGUUUUCCACAUUUGAGAAUGAUUCAUACGUGGGAAACUUGAGACUGUGUGGAGUUCCGUUGACGAGAAAAUGCAACGACGAGAAUGGGCAUGGGAUGAAGCCACAAGAAGAUGAUGAUGAAGAAGAUGAGUUUGGAUUUAUAGAUGGAUUUGGAUGGAGAAGUGUGGUGAUGGGAUAUGGAAGUGGACUCAUAGUUGGAAUUGGAAUUGGUUACAUUAUCAUUAGAAAUGGAAGGCCAAGAUGGUUAGUGGAAUUCUUUUUUGGCAUUGGAUAUAAUAAUAAUAAUAAUAAGAAGAAGAAGAAGAAGAAGAAGAGACGCAGCAGAGCUACACCAACACCAACACGCAGGAGAACUUAAUUGAAGGCUUGUGCUCGAAUUGUGUUUUCUUUUUCUUAUUUCCUUUGUAAUGGCUACGUUAGUGUGUUUUUAGAGUUUACGAAAUGUUGUUGUUUGUUCAAAUAUGUGAAGUUUUAAUUUUA